AAUUGCCAAUCCGUGGUAGUCAAGGACCAUAGUUGAUAUUUCUUUUCUCGAGUAUUUUGAUCUUCCCCCAAUUGAAGUGCUCCCUUCCCCAUUCUCUAAAGAAAUACCUGUCUAGAAAUCAUGGUUGCUCAAUUAUCCGCUCCUAUUUCUCCUCCAAUGGAGUCUACUGGUGACAGGUUGAUGACCUUGGAGACGUACGAUGGAAUCGCCUUGCAAGGUUACUCCUUUGGUGCUCCUGUUGCUGCUUCUGGUGAACUUGUUUUCCAGACUGGUAUGGUAGGCUAUCCUGAGUCUCUCACUGAUCCUUCGUAUGAGGGCCAGAUUUUGGUUAUCACCUAUCCUUUAGUUGGUAACUACGGUGUCCCAGACAGAGAACUUUUGGACGACGACUACCUGCCAGCUUUGCCAAAGUAUUUUGAGUCGAGCAAGAUCCACAUUGCUGGUUUGGUUGUUGCUCAUUAUACUGAGGACUACUCCCACUUCUUGGCCAAGUCGUCUUUGGGCCAAUGGUUGCAAAAGGAAGGUAUUCCCGCUGUGUACGGUGUCGACACCAGAGCCUUGACCAAGAAUUUGAGAGAUAAGGGAUCUACUUUGGGUAGAUUAGCUCUUUCCAAUGAUUCUGUCAAGUCUGAAACCAUCUUGGCUUCUCCUGCCGACUGGGAACAACACUUUGAAAUUCCUGAGUGGGACGACCCCAACGUCAAGAACUUGGUAGCCAAAGUAUCCACUGACAAGCCAGUGUUGUACACCCCCAAGUCUGGCAUCAAGACCGGCAAGAACGGCAAGCCUAUCAGAAUCGUAGCUGUUGAUGUAGGUAUGAAGUACAACCAGAUCCGUUGUUUCGUCAGAAGAGGUGUAGAGUUAUUGGUGGUUCCAUGGGACUACGACUACACCACUGAAGAAUACGAUGGUUUGUUCAUCUCUAACGGUCCAGGUGAUCCCUCGGUUAUGACCGAAACUGUCAAGAGAUUACAGGGUGUCAUUUCCGAAGGAAAGACUCCAAUUUUCGGGAUCUGUUUGGGCCACCAGCUUAUGGCCAGAGCCACUGGAGCCUCGACCUUGAAGUUGAAGUUCGGUAACAGAGGUCACAACAUCCCCUGUACCUCCACGAUUUCUGGAAGAUGUUACAUCACUUCUCAGAAUCACGGUUUCGCUGUGGAUGCAAACACCUUAGCUUCUGGUUGGAAGGAGUUGUUCGUUAAUGCUAAUGAUGGCUCCAACGAAGGUGUUUAUCACGAGCUGAAGCCAUUCUUUUCGGUUCAAUUCCACCCAGAAUCCACUCCUGGUCCUCGUGACACCGAGUUCCUCUUUGACGUCUUUAUCAACUCUGUGGUCGACUUCAACAAGAACGGUGUCUACAAACAGGUAGCCUUCCCAGGUGGCCUUCUUGCAGACAACAGAGCUGCUCACCCUAAGGUUGAUGUCAAGAAGGUUCUUGUGUUGGGAUCUGGUGGUUUGUCUAUUGGUCAAGCUGGUGAAUUUGACUACUCUGGUUCUCAGGCUAUCAAGGCCUUGAAGGAAGAAGGCAUUUACACUAUCUUGAUCAACCCUAACAUCGCUACAAUCCAGACCUCCAAGGGUUUAGCCGACAAGGUCUAUUUCUUGCCUGUAACACCUGAAUUUGUAAGAAAAGUCAUUAAGCACGAAAGACCCGAUGGUAUCUACUGUACUUUUGGUGGUCAGACUGCUCUUUCUGUCGGUAUCGAUUUGAAGGACGAGUUUGCCGAUCUCGGUGUCAAGGUUCUUGGUACUCCUAUUGAUACCAUCAUUACUACUGAAGACAGAGAGUUGUUUGCUAGCGCCAUGGCUGACAUCAACGAAAAAUGUGCCAAAUCUGAAGCUGUCAGCACAGUCGCGGAAGCAGUGAUUGCUGCUAACAAUAUCGGCUACCCAUUGAUUGUCAGAGCUGCCUACGCUUUGGGUGGUCUUGGUUCUGGUUUCGCCGAUAACGAGGAAGAGUUGGUCGAAUUGUGUAACAAGGCUUUCGCUACUUCUCCACAAGUCCUUGUAGAAAGAUCCAUGAAAGGAUGGAAGGAGGUUGAGUACGAAGUCGUUCGUGAUGCUUUCGACAACUGUAUCACAGUUUGUAACAUGGAAAACUUCGAUCCUUUGGGUAUUCACACCGGUGACUCUAUUGUCGUAGCUCCUUCUCAAACGUUGUCGGACGAAGACUACAAUAUGUUGAGAACUACAGCUGUCAACGUCAUCAGACACUUGGGUGUUGUUGGUGAGUGUAACAUCCAGUAUGCCUUGAACCCAUUCUCCAAGGAAUAUUGUAUCAUUGAAGUCAACGCCAGAUUGUCCCGUUCGUCUGCAUUGGCCUCUAAAGCUACUGGUUACCCAUUGGCUUACACUGCUGCCAAGCUUGGUUUGAACAUUCCUCUUAACGAGAUCAAAAACUCCGUCACCAAGAAGACUUGUGCUUGUUUCGAGCCAUCUUUGGAUUACGUAGUUGUCAAGAUCCCAAGAUGGGACUUGAAGAAGUUCACCAGAGUGUCGUCGUUGUUGUCGUCGUCGAUGAAGUCUGUCGGUGAAGUCAUGUCGAUCGGUAGAACUUUUGAAGAAGCCAUUCAGAAGGCUAUCAGAUCCACCGAUUAUCAGAACUUGGGUUUCAACAAGACUUCUGCCUUGAUGUCUAUCGACAUCGACAGCGAGUUGCAGACUCCUUCUGACCAACGUUUGUUUGCUAUUGCCAAUGCCCUUUCCGAUGGCUACUCUGUCGAAAAGGUCUGGUCCUUGACCAAGAUCGACAAAUGGUUCUUGAACAAGUUGGACGGAUUGAUCAAGUUUGGAAACAAAAUUUCUUCAUAUGUAUCCAAGGAAAACUUGCCUACCUCCGUGUUGAGACAGGCUAAGCAACUUGGCUUCGAAGACAGACAGAUCGCAAAGUUCUUGAGCUCUAACGAAGUUGCCAUCAGAAGAUUGAGAAAGGAAGCUGGUGUGAUUCCUUUUGUCAAGCAAAUCGAUACGGUUGCCGCUGAAUUCCCUGCCUUCACCAACUACUUGUACAUCACCUACAAUGCUGAUUCUUCCGAUGUCACCUUCGAUGAACAUGGUGUUAUUGUUCUUGGUUCUGGUGUCUACAGAAUUGGUUCUUCCGUCGAGUUCGACUGGUGUGCUGUGAGAGCCAUCAGAACUUUGAGAGAAAACGGCCACAAGACUAUUAUGAUAAACUACAACCCGGAAACUGUUUCUACUGAUUAUGACGAAGCCGACAGAUUGUACUUUGAAACAAUAAACUUGGAAAGAGUGUUAGAUAUCUACGAAUUGGAACAGUCCAAUGGUGUUAUUAUCUCUAUGGGUGGUCAAACGUCCAACAACAUUGCUUUACCAUUGCAUCGUCAAAACGUGAAGAUUUUGGGAACUUCGCCAGAGAUGAUCGACUCUGCUGAAAACAGAUACAAGUUCUCUAGAAUGUUAGACAAAAUUGGUGUCGAUCAACCAGCCUGGAAGGAAUUGACUUCCAUUGCUGAAGCCGAAGAGUUCGCCGAAAAGGUCACUUAUCCUGUUUUGGUCAGACCAUCUUACGUUCUUUCUGGUGCUGCUAUGAAUACCGUCUAUUCCAGAGACGAUUUGGCUUCUUAUUUGACUCAGGCUGUAGAUGUUUCUCCUGAUUACCCAGUUGUCAUCACCAAGUACAUCGAAAACGCUAAGGAAAUUGAGAUGGAUGCCGUCGCCAGAGACGGUAAGAUGAUCAUGCACGUAGUUUCUGAACACGUCGAAAAUGCUGGUGUCCAUUCUGGUGACGCCACAUUGAUUGUUCCUCCUCAAGAUUUGGAUCCAGAAACUGUGAGAAGAAUCGUAGAAGCUACCGCUAAGAUUGGUAAAGCUCUUGACAUUACUGGUCCAUAUAACAUCCAGUUUAUUGCCAAGGAUAACGAUAUCAAGGUUAUCGAGUGUAACGUCAGAGCCUCGCGUUCUUUCCCAUUUAUUUCUAAGGUUGUAGGCACCGACUUGAUUGAAAUGGCCACAAAGGCUAUCAUGGACUUACCACUUACUCCUUACCCCGGAGAAAAGUUGCCUGAAGAUUACUGUGCUGUCAAGGUUCCACAAUUCUCGUUCUCUCGUUUGGCUGGUGCAGAUCCUGUCUUGGGUGUCGAAAUGGCUUCUACUGGUGAAGUAGCUACAUUUGGUAGAAACAAAUAUGAAGCCUACUUGAAGUCGUUGAUCUCGACUGGCUUCAAGUUACCUAAGAACAAUGUGUUGUUCUCCAUUGGAUCGUACAAGGAAAAGCAAGAAUUGCUUCCAUCCAUUGCCAAGUUGCACGAGUUGGGCUACAAGAUCUUUGCUACUGCCGGUACUGCCGAUUUCAUCAAGGAACACAAUAUCCCUGUUCAUUAUUUGGAAGUGUUGGGCAAGUCUGAAGACCAAAAGUCGGAAUACUCGUUGACUCAGCAUUUGGCUAACAAUUUGAUUGACUUGUAUGUCAACUUGCCUUCUUCCAACCGAUUCCGUCGUCCAGCCUCGUACAUGUCUAAGGGUUACGAGUCUCGUCGUAUGGCUGUGGACUAUUCUGUUCCUUUGGUAACUAAUGUCAAGUGUGCCAAGUUGUUGGUAGAAGCCAUUGCCAGAAACAUUCCACUUGAAGUCUCCAACAGAGAUGCCCAAACUUCUCACAGAACAACUGUUUUGCCAGGUUUGGUCAACAUCACCUCGUUUGCUACUUCAUUCGAUGACUUCGAAGCCACCACUAAGGAAUCCUUGGCCGCAGGCUUCACAUUCAACGCUUUCUUGCCUCAGACUUUAGCUGGUUCAGUAGUCACAGACUUCGACUCGUUGCUUGAAGCCAUCGAUUUUGCUGGUUCUGCUGCCUACACCGACUACUCGUUCUCAAUUGCUGCUAACGAUGCCAACGCAAACGAGGUUCUUGAAGCUGCCCAGAACGCUGGUGCUUUGUUCUUGCCAUUUAACGAUUUGGCCAACUCCAAGGUAUCUGCCAUCUCGACUCACUUUGCCUCAUGGCCAGAAAACAAGCCAAUUAUCAGUGACGCUAAGACUACUGAUUUAGCUUCUGUUUUAUUGUUAGCUUCGUUGCAUAACAGAUCAAUUCACAUUACCAAUGUUUCUUCUAGAGAAGACUUGGAGUUGAUCAAGAUGGCUAAAAGUAAGGAAUUGAGAGUCACCUGCGAUGUAGCUGUCUACUCGUUGUUCUUAUCCAGAGACGAGCUUGACGUUCCAUUUUUGCCCACCAAGGAAGACCAGGACUACUUGUGGGACAACAUCGCUGAUGUUGACUGUUUCUCCAUCGGUGUAUUGCCAUACUUGGUCGCUAAGGCUACUGGUAAGAAGGUUGUUCCAGGUUUGGGUAUCAACGAAGCUCUUCCAUUACUUUUGAGCGCCGUCAAGGACGGUCGUCUUACCCUCGACGACAUCGUUGAACGUUUCCACAACAACCCAGUGAAGAUUUUCAAUAUUCCAAAGCAGGAUGCCACUUCUGAAAUCGACUUGGACAGAUUUGUUUCUUCUACUACAAAGAAUGUAGCUUCCAUUUUCCAACACAAGAAGUUGCAAGGUUCAGUUGACAGAGUGUUGUUGCAUGGCGAAACUGUUUGUUUGGAUGGUACUGUUCUGGCCGAAGCUUUAGGUAAGAAUGAAGUCGAACCCAGAGCCAGAUUUAGCUCCAUCACCAACAUUCCAGCAUCUCCAGUUCCAAGAAAGGCUAGAGCCUCUUUCACUGCUGACUUACGCCGUCCAUCUCUCAUCAAAGACUUGCAGACACAACCUUUGCCUACUGAUUUCGAAAAGUUUGGUAAAGAGUUGGUUUCGCAGCCUCCAGCUGGUUCUUUGAGCGAGGGUAACGCUUUGGUGAACUACAUCAGACACCACAACACCUUCUUGAGAAACUCUGUUUUGUCUGUCAAGGACCUCACCAGGUCUGACAUGCACUCAUUGUUCACAGUAGCCCAAGAGAUGAGGUUGGCUGUAGAAAGACAAGGUGUCUUGGACAUCUUGAAGGGCAGGGUUUUGGCUACUAUGUUCUAUGAGCCUAGUACCAGAACUUCUUCUUCUUUCGAUGCUGCUAUGCAAAGAUUGGGUGGAAGAGUUGUAGCUGUAGAAUCCGGUUCUUCUUCCGUAAAGAAGGGUGAGACCUUGCAAGAUACAAUCAGGUCGUUGGCUUGUUACGCUGAUGCCAUUGUAUUGAGACAUCCAUCUGAAGAGUCGGCUGACAUCGCUGCUAAGUACUCUCCGGUUCCAAUUAUCAACGGUGGUAAUGGCUCUAAGGAACAUCCAACCCAAGCUCUCUUGGACUUGUUCACUAUCAGAGAAGAGUUGGGUACUGUGAAUGGUAUCACUGUCACGUUCAUGGGUGACUUGAAGUAUGGAAGACCAGUUCACUCCUUGAUCUACUUGUUGCGUCACUACCAGGUGAGAAUCCAGUUGGUCGCACCUAAGGAGUUGGCUCUUCCAGAAUCAAUUAAGAACAUCUUGAUCGAAAGUGGUAUUAGGGUAACUGAAUCUGAAGAGUUGACUAAGGACAUAAUCGCCAGAUCUGACAUCUUGUAUUGUACCAGAGUCCAGGAAGAAAGAUUCUCUGACAGAGAACAGUACUUGAGAUUGAAAGACACCUACAUUGUUGACAACAAGAUUUUGUCUUACGCCAAACAACACAUGGCUGUUAUGCAUCCAUUACCAAGAACUUCUGAGAUUCGUGAAGAAGUCGACUUUGACCAGAGAGCUGCUUACUUCAGACAAAUGAGAUAUGGAUUGUUUGUCAGAAUGGCUCUUUUGGCCAUGGUGGUUGGUGUUGACUUUUAGGCUUGCUGCUACAAUUGGGGAAUUGUUCAGUUUCAUUGAUCAUAAAGAUCACAAUAUUAAACAUCAUCAUAAACAUCAUUCUUAUCUUCCAUUAUACUUUUCACGAUUCAAAAUUUAUACAUUAGAGCUAUGGUUAUGGCUGGGGCUUUCGGGGGAAAGCACCGGCAGCUUACUCUAGACUCUUUAUAAAAUCUUAAUAUACUUGAUUUCUAAUAUUAAUAGUUGAAGUAGCUGUACUUCUUAACGAGUGGCCAUGUCAUUUUCACAAUACGAAAGGCAUGUUAUAGUAAAUGCAUCUUCACCGUAAUUACAAUACUACACUUCCACUUCUUCAUCAUAAUAUUUCUAUUAUAUAUACAUUUAGUACAGUU